AUGAGUAAUGUUACCAACCAAAAUGGAACAGGUCUAGAGCAGCAGCUUGCUGGUCUGGACUUGCAGCCUCAGGCUCCUAAGAGCGCUGGACCCUACAUACCUCCGCCUCAGCGCAGGCAGCAGGAGGCCAAAGUUGAAGGAGAAGGGUCUAAGCGUCAAGGCUUAGACAGCAGCGAGGGACCGAACAGCCGUUCAUCAUACGGCGGCAACUCUAGAAACCACGACCGUGGUGGUUGGCGCGACGACCGCGACCGUGAUCGCGACCGUGACAACGAUCGCGGCUACGAUCAGCGAUACCCGCGCAGUAACCGCGGUCGUGAAUCAGGAGGAUACCAGAAUGGCGAUACAGAACGCCAUGAAGGCGACCGUUGGGCCGACCGUGGCCGCGGCGGCCGCGACCGCGACUUCCGCGAGCCACGCGACGUUCGCGAUGUACGCGACGUGCGUGAAUCCCGCGAGCCGAGGGACAUUAGACGAGACGAGGACUAUAACGAGCCGCCUCAGCCAAGAAACGACAGGUGGAAGGAGCCCGAGCCGCGCGCGGACGACCGCUCCAACUCACGCUGGCCCUCGGACGACGUGCGGCGUACAGGCGGAUCGCGCAGAGACGAGGUCUGUGAGAACGAUUGGACGGUCCCGUUACCUCGCGACGAGCGGCAGGAGUUGGAGCUCUUUGGCACGGGCAACACAGGAAUCAAUUUCUCCAAAUAUGAGGAUAUACCGGUUGAGGCUAGCGGCGAGAACGUACCAGACUUCAUUACAAGUUUUGAGGACGUUAACCUGACAGAAAUAAUGCGGUCGAACAUUUCACUCGCCCGCUACGACAAACCCACCCCGGUACAGAAGUACGCGAUCCCCAUUGUGCUGGGACGCAGAGAUGUGAUGGCGUGCGCGCAGACCGGCUCCGGGAAGACCGCGGCCUUCCUGGUGCCGAUUCUUAACCAGAUAUAUGAAGCAGGACCCGUCAAGAAUAUGGGAUCACUGCGACGAGUUGGUCGCAAGCAGUAUCCCCUGGGACUUGUGUUGGCGCCGACACGAGAGCUCGCUACACAAAUAUAUGACGAAGCCAGAAAGUUUGCUUAUCGCUCCCGAGUUAGGCCCUGUGUAGUUUAUGGUGGUUCCCCUAUCCACGAACAAUUUCGCGAAUUGGACCGCGGUUGUCACCUCUUAGUUGCGACCCCCGGUCGACUGGUGGACAUGCUGGUCCGAGGGCGCGUCGCACUAGACCACUGCCGCCAUCUCGUGCUGGACGAGGCAGAUCGUAUGUUGGACAUGGGUUUCGAGCCGCAGAUCCGCAAAAUCGUCGAGUGCCACACCAUGCCCAAGACGGGUGAACGGCAGACCCUCAUGUUCUCGGCUACCUUCCCCAAACAGAUCCAAGUCCUGGCGCAAGAUUUCCUCUAUAAUUAUGUGUUCCUCGCUGUCGGACGAGUGGGGUCCACCUCAGAGAAUAUUACGCAAAAGGUCGUAUGGGUAGAAGAGCAAGACAAGCGGUCAUUUUUACUGGACCUGCUAAAUGCCUCCAAUCUACUGCAGCGCACGCGAUCUGAGGAUGAUCAGCUCACCCUCGUGUUUGUUGAAACAAAGAAAGGAGCCGAUCAACUAGAAGAGUUCCUCGAUAGAGACGGUUACCCAGUGACGUCGAUCCACGGUGACCGCUCACAACGCGAGCGUGAAGACGCCCUUCGCAGGUUUCGCUCUGGACAAACGCCGAUUCUGGUCGCUACCGCUGUCGCCGCUAGAGGUCUGGACAUCCCCCACGUGCGUCACGUGAUCAACUUCGACCUGCCGUCCGACGUGGAGGAGUACGUGCAUCGCAUCGGGCGUACCGGGCGCAUGGGAAACCUGGGGGUCGCCACUUCCUUCUUUAACGACUCGAACCGCGGCCUGGCGAGGGACCUCGUCGAAUUGCUUGUGGAAGCCAAACAGGAUGUGCCAAACUGGCUGACAAGCACGGCAGCGGACGGUCGAGCUGGUGGCGGCGGUAGACGCGCUGGAAGUCGCUCUGGUGGUGGCACCCGCUUCGGAGGCAGCGGGUUCGGCGCAAGAGAUUUCAGGACCCAGCCCAGGCAGCAGCCAAGGUCUGCUGGACCAUCUACUAUGGGCAAUGUGGGUUACUCUGGCUUCGGUUACGGCGGCGGCUCGUACGGCGGCAACUAUGGCGGGUCGUACGGGGGCGGCGGCGGCGGUGGCGGCGGCGGUCCCGACUGGUGGGACUCUUAA